AUGGGGUCUGAAAGCAUUUGCGUGCAAGCUCGCGAGGUCGUGGUGCUGGACGAAUUCCGGACAAGCAAAAAGCACUUCGACUGUCAAACAACGGACGACCUUAAGAAUCAACGCGUCAUGCGCAAGUGUCGAGACGGCGUUGUCCGCAAGGUUCCCGUGCACAAAGUGCUGCACUGCUUGCGGAAGCACGGCGGAUGUGGUAAGUCAGUCGACCGAGACGUGAAUGCGGCCAAGAACAUCCUCAGUAUACUGCAGAACCAGCUUACAGGCAUCUCCGAAUGGCCUCUCCGCCUCCGGCGUUAG